CUCUAUAAAAUGUCACUGAGGGAUGGAGAGAAGGAGAGUCUGAGCUUUGUGAACUCCUCAGAAGCCAGGAAGACCUCUGGGCAAAACAAAAGCCAAGAUGAAAGUCCCCCUACUUCUGGCUCUUUUAUUUGGGGCAGUUUCAACUCUCCAUCUGGGGACUGUAACGUCCAACUCUGAGAGCUUCUUAGGAGAUGAGCCUGUGCCUCAGGAUGGGGAGAUUUCAGAAAACGAGGCAAAGGAGGCCGCUCCGGGGGAGCUGGCGCUGCUGGAGGAAGAGGAGGAGGAGUACUCGGGAAGGGAAAAUGCCCCUGAGGAGGAGGGGGCUGUAGAGUCUGCCUCAGCCCUGGAUGAGGAGGACAAGGACUUUCAGUGCCCUAAAGAAGAGGACACAGUGAAACUGGAGAACAGCCCUGGGUGCAAGAACUGUCCCCGCUUCCUCCUAGUGAGGAGCCCCAAGAGAUUUUCUUCAGCUCAGUUUAUUUGCCGGAGGUGCUACCGGGGCAACCUCGUCUCCAUCCACAGCCUCUACUUCAAUCACCAGAUCCAGUGCGCAGUCGGAGGGCUCAACCAGGGCCAAGUCUGGAUCGGAGGCAGGGUCGUAGGCUGGGGACCCUGGAAAUGCUUUCAAUGGGUUGAUGGCAGUCGCUGGAACUUUGGAUACUGGGCUCCUGGCCAGCCCCGGGCCAGGGGUGGCAGAUGUGUGGCCCAGUGUACCCAAGGAGGUCGCUGGUGUGUAACUUGCUGCCGCAGGCGCCUCCCCUUCAUCUGUUCCUACUGAGCUGGACCCAGCCAGGAGUCCAGAGCCGCCCCCUCCGGGGUAGCUGCCUCCCCUCCCCUGCCUGCUGCCCCUGCUUCCAGCCCCCAGCAAUAAAACUGCUUUCCUGAAACUGA